AAGCUUAUGAAUGACAUUUGCGAGUUGACUGUUGGCUAAAAACGACUGUUUUGUCCGUAUUUUAUCGUAAUUUUACGGCCAUGUGUGGUAAUAUUUACGUGGUGAACAAAAGUUCUAGUGAUGUUAUCCACAACUGCAAACAAUAAAGUGAAAAAUCCCAAGGGUUCGGAGGUCUCCGACGCCCAGGAUCGUGACGAAAUUGGAAAUGAAAACACAACGGAUGAUAAGGUCAGAGGUUAUGUUAGUUCGUAUGAUCCAUCUUCAUCGUUCGGAGGGCCGUCCAGGGACAGCAGGUUUCGUGCCCGAGGAAGGGUCAGCGAGUUUCGGCCCUCCCGCGGAGGGGGCCGCGGCGGCGGGCGAGGUCGGGGCGCCUUCCCGCCGCGCGGCGAUCGGGAUCCCCUUGACAACUCCUACAAGUAUAACGAAUCGCUAGAGCACACGAACAGCGAGCCCUGGUCACAAGAAAACAGCAACAAGUUUUAUGAAAGGUCGGAGCUUGUUCUGAACUUACCUGAGGACCCGCGUAUAUCGAAGUUGCUCAGACGCCUGUGCGCUGAAGUGGACGUCGAGAAGUCGCUUGUGAUAUGUAGCAAGCUUCAGGAUGCGGUCAUGUUGCCAGAAAACGCGCGAUACAUUCGUAGGGCUUAUGAUAUCCUCGUCGAGUCCCUACUUGAUGUUCUGUAUGAUGCUCCCGGGCCCGAGACCAAGGAGGGAGCGGCGAACGUUCUUGGUAGGAUAGGCUACGUGAUGGGCCCCGACUUCAGAAAGCACCUGGACUGGUUUACAACCUCAUACUCUGUCCACAAUACAUCCAUCAAACAUCUUUUGACUCUCUCAUUUACAGAGACUUUUCAAUUAGAUUACCAAAACCCCAACUUGACAGAUUUUGCUGAAAUGACUUUAGAAAGAUUGCAGGGAAUAAUAGAGGGCACAGACUCUGCAGAUGUUUUUAUGGCUGCCAUAAAUGCCAUGAUAGUGAUGUCAAAUUCCUAUCCAGAACACUUUGCUGCCCACUUCGUUGACACUGUGGACAUUUUAGUCGGCUGGCAUGUCGAUAAUGCUCAGCCAAAGAAGAUCAAGGACUUUGCACUGCAAUCACUGUUGAAAUUGAGCCGGCACUGGCAAGCUGAUGUAGGGUUUUCAGUGAAUUUGCUUUACCAGUUCGUGGAAGAUAUGGUGGUGUACUCAGGUGACCUAGAUGAAAAAAGUGACAAAGAAUCUGAUCCUAAUUCAGUUGAGGAUUCUAUACAAAAAAUUACAUCAUUUUUGAAUGUUUUCAAUACUGUGGUCAAGAGUUUGGGGUCUAUGCUCAGCCCUACAGUCUCUCAAACAGUGUCUUGGUCCUUCUUGACAGAGGCCUUGACCAAAAUUCUGCAAGUAAUGACAAAAACACUGAAAGAAUUUGCAGAUACUGACUUGAUUCUAUCUGGAAAUGAGAGCAUAACACUACUACUGAAACCUUUACAAGCUAAAUCAGCAUCGUGUGCUCAAGCAUUGUUUGCUUUGAUUUCUAUGGAAAUGGCAGAUCAUCUUCAAGGUGAUGAGAGUGUCUGCCUCAGCAUCAUCAACUUAAUAUCCACAACAAUCAAGGAAAUUGCAUCAAAUCUACCUAUUGAGUUUAUUACACAAACUAUAGGACCUGAGUCUUUGCUAAGACCUUUGCGUUAUUCCAACAGCUCUCAAAUAUUGCGUGGUGUAUUGUCUGUGUACAGUCACCUCUUAAACUUGAAAAACAUUCCACUAUUACAAGAAACAUAUAAGUUUGUAUUGAUGGAUAUGCAAAAUGCUUACUGUGUAAUUAUUCCAGAUAUAGAAAUUAUACAACCAGAUUAUACUGAAGAAUUAACACUGGACGAUGCAGAGAAGAAUUUAAUAUUUUAUUUACAAUGUUUAUCAGAACUUGCAAAUGCUAGCAAUUCUAUUAUAGGUAUGUGGGCUUUGCAACCGAGUAUACUUGAGCUUCUCGCUAUCAAGAUGUGUCCACAUGAUGUUGACUUGGUGAAAAAGAAGCCAGCUUUGCAGUAUUCGAUACUAUACCUACUAUAUUCACACUGCAAGAAGAACAACCAUUUUAUUGCCUCUAGUGAUCUUGUGACAAACACACAACAGAGGGCUGGUGAAAUUUUUGGUUUGAAUCUUGGGGAAGUAUCCAGUUCUAGUCCAACAUCUGGACACCUGGCGGUCAUCUUGAACACUCUCAGCUUGAUACUGGACGAAGAAGUAGCAAAAGAAACCUUGUUGCUUGUUUUGAAUUGGAUAUCAGAUAUUUUUUGCCAGCUAGAUAAAUACUUACCAAUUGUGAGCAUGUCCAAAGGGUUCUUGGUUCUCAUAACCAACAUGUUAACAUGGGCAUAUAGUUUUGAUGACGAUAUUGUGUUGCUUGUAAUUAAAAACUGCCAGCUUUUACUCAAAAAUAAGACUCUAACAUGGAAUAUAAUGAUUUUAAAAUCAAUCACCACAUUAUGUCUUCUACAUAUUGACAAUCAAAAUAAAAUGUUGUCCAAUGUAUGUAAGGAGGUCCUGUUUGAACUCCCAUGGGAUAUUGUACAAUUGGAAAUGGACAAAUUGAUGGUGAAGGUGUUUGCCUGCCGAAAAGUAAACCUCACCAUACUUAAUAGUGACUCAAAAAUGAAUUCCUUCAAGGAGUACCUCAUGAGGGGUUCUUUUUCUACAUUAUCAAACCAACAUUUUAUGUCUAUAAUAAACUGUCUACUGCAAGUAACCUAUGAAGACAAAAGCUUUCUGCUUAAUGCCUUUUUAUUGUCAUGGCCCUUGCAAAGCCAGGAUGUUGAAGAAAAUAACCUACUGUUUUUUCGACAGUGUGCUACUAACUUUUCCUCUAUCUGCAUAGGAUGGGCUCUGUCAGAGUUAGCACAAACUUGUGUGUCCCAAAAACUCAGAACUGCAUUGGGAAAACCUCAAGAGACCUUCAUGAAGAUCGAAGGUGUGUUAAAAGGAAUAGCAAUAGAGAUUUCAUCACACGACACAAAGUAUACUGCUACAGAUCAACAUAAGUUGAUAGAUGUCGUGAUGGCAGAACAGAUAAGGACACGGUGGAUCACUGAGUUCAUGAUGUUCCUGGAGAAAUAUAUUUAUAAUGCGGCUGAAGGGACAGCUUCGGUGCUUCCCGCGGUGGGAAAGCCUGUGAGGACAUUCUUUCACACAAACUGGUCGACAUGCCGCGAGUGGCUGAACAGGGUGCGGCCCGCGGGGCUCGCCGUGAGCCUGUACGCCGGGAACAUCGGCGCCGCCAUCUAUCACGCCUUGCUCAUUCUGCAAACAGCUGCGAAUACCAAGACAAAUAUUGACAUCGAAGCUAUAACCAUAAGUAUCGCCAGAGGACUUAUAAAAAUCGAGGAGCCUGAGGUUUUGCACGGCCUCUAUGUAUGGAUCAACCAAACGUUUAAUAAAAAACUGCCUUGGCUAAAAGCUGCUGCAGAACAAGCUAAUUCUAGGCAUGAAUUAGCUUUAGACUACUAUAAAAAGUUAAGCAAUGCUCAGUCACAAGACGAAAAUAAAGAAGAAGGCACCAGUCCUGCAGUUGACUCCAGAAGUGCUAAGUUCAUCGAGGAACAGAUAAAAGAAAGCUAUAAACAAAUUCAAAGCUGGGAAGAGAUGCAAGAAUGGAAAAAUGGUGAUAAUCAGAAUCAACAAAUGUCCCAGUGGAACAUUUACUCAGCACUAAAAUUAUUCGAGGAAGGUAGUGAAUUUCCUAAUGCGCUUUCUAAUUGGGAUAUUUUAGAUGUUGAUACAAAUGAGAUAACAAAGAAUUCCUGCUCUUACCAAGGGAUUUUGAACAAAAUUGAAUCAACUUUGUUAUGCACAGCAGUAAACAUUUACUACAAUGAUUAUUCUGAAAAAUUUGAGAAUGUGUUGAAGGAUUGUGAAAAGCUACUCAACUCAAGCGUUGAAGAAUUUGCUAGAACGAAUGCCGUACAUUAUAUGAAAGAAAUAGCCGUGCUACAACUGGCAAAUCACGGAUUAGUUAACGUUUUAAGGAAUGGAAAGGGGACAACAAACCCCUUCAAACCAUCAGCUGUGAAAGACCAUAAAUUUGGUGCAGAGUUUAAAAACUUGAGCCGCCUCCUGUGGUGGAAUCAGUACUUCACCAAACUUAACGCAACUGAAGAAAACAUGUUCUAUUCCGAAUGUCUACGACUAGACGUAAUAAAAAGCGCAAGAAAAAAUCUAAAUAUGAGUAUGGCUAGAAGAGAACUCUUAAAACAUUUCAAACAAAACGCGGCAUUUCAAAUGUGCCUGGGCACUGUCAAUGACUUGGAAGAAUUGAGUGAUGUCUUACUAAUGUCAACCAAUACGUAUGACUUGGAUAUCUGGACGUUAAACAAUGCUGCAGCUUUAGGAGAGCUUUGCAAACUCACCUAUGCAAAGGAAGAAACAAAAAUGCGUGCAAUUAAUUUGUGUGCUAGUGUGUCAUUAGGAUUCUCGCAAAGGCUAGCGAUGGGCGAGCAGAGUUACGAACUACGAGAAAAAGGCACUAGGAUGCUCUUGACCCUGUCUAAAUGGGUACAAAAUGACAACGAAAAUGUGCUAGAAGCGGAUACACCUUUGAUGAAAUUAAUAUCGGCGCUUCCUGAAAUUGGUUUAGUAGACAACAAUAUUUCGGAGAAUGUUAUCCCAUUGUCUGAUUCUGCCGUUGGCAAGUUAUUACAAUUCGGCGUGAAUCAGUGCCCCGGCCUUGCCAAAGCCUGGGCCAGUUUUGCCGUUUGGUGCUUCCGAUGGGGUCGAAAAAUGGUCGAGUUCAGUGCAAAAACUCGAGAGCAACUAACUGAAAAUGAUAAGUUGCAGAUCGAAAGUGUUAUGAUCGGUUGUUCACCUCAAGACUUUGAAGCUGUUUGUGAAAUACUGUCAAAAACUAAAGCCACUUGUGACGACGAAGAUAUUGACUGGAACGAAAUCAAUACGUCCGAGAUGAUCGAGAGCCAACUACGCACUGUUCCCUCGCUUAGUAAUGCUUUUCCAGAACACUUGGCCCUGUUGGUCGACAUCUGGCGCCAAGCACAGAAACGAGUUUUUUCUUAUUUUGAGCUGUCUGCUGAUGCUUACUUCAAGUUUUUGCAACUUAUUUGUGCUUCUGAUUAUAUUAACCAUAGUGGUGAAAACGCAGUCGUAAACGCUACUCUACGACUGCUACGACUGAUCGUAAAACACGCUAUGGAAUUGCAAACGGUGCUUGAAUCGGGGCUAGCGAACACGCCAACUCAACCUUGGAAAGUCAUCAUUCCCCAACUAUUUUCAAGACUGAAUCAUCCUGAGACAUACGUGCGAAAAUGUGUUUCUGAUUUAUUAUGCAGACUCGCUGAAGAUACACCUCAUCUUAUCACAUUUCCAGCUGUCGUUGGUGCCGUUGAAAACGAACAAAGUGAACUGGCUGAGCUCAACGUUACAAAACAGUUUCUAACUGAUCCUGAUAGUAGCGAAGACAACGUCGACUUAGACGAUUCAGCGAGCGAUAAAGUAGUAAAUAACGAGCUGAAUUCUUGCUUUUUGGAUAUGGUAGAGACGUUAGCUAAACAAGCUCCCCAGACAAUUCUUCAAGUUAAAUUGCUUGUUAAAGAAUUACAGAGAAUAAAUUUACUCUGGGACGAACUAUGUCUUGGCACCUUAGUUCAACAUCAUUCUGACUUUAGUAAAAGAUUGUCACAGUUAGAGGUGGAAGUGGCCAAAGUUAAAAACAAUCCAAACUUGUCUGCUGAAGAGAAAGAAAGAUUGAUAAAAGAAAAGCAUAGAAUAAUAUUCGAACCAGUGGUGUACGUAUUAGAACACUUGUAUAACAUAAUUUCCGCGAAACCAGAAACACCACACGAGACAUCUUUUCAAAAUAAGUUCCAAGAAAUUAUAAAAGAUGUUAUCGAAAAGUUGAAGAACCCUGCAAACCCUGAGAAACCUCAAGAGUCAUGGGCUCCUUUGAAACAGUUGCAAAUUAAGUUGCAACAGAAAGUUAAUAAAAGAACAUCAUACAUUUUGAAAAUGUCGGAUAUCAGUCCUGUGCUAGCUGAGAUGAAAAACACAGUUAUUACAAUGCCUGGUCUACAUACCAACCAGAGGACUGUAAGAAUUACUAUCAAAUCUGUGGAGAACAAUGUUGCUAUACUGCCGACUAAAACAAGACCUAAAAAGCUGAUAUUUUAUGGUUCCGAUGGGAAAGCUUACACGUAUUUGUUCAAAGGUUUGGAAGAUUUGCAUUUGGAUGAGAGAAUAAUGCAGUUGCUAUCUAUAACAAACACGAUGUUGGCGCGAGAUUCCGAGCACAACGACAAUCAGACCUACAGAGCGCGUCACUACUCGGUGAUUCCGCUGGGGCCUCGCUCCGGUUUGAUCAGCUGGGUCGAUAACGUGACUCCUUUAUUUGCGCUCUACAAGCGUUGGCAGAAUCGUGAGGCUGCUAUUUUGUCGGCCAAGACUAACAAAACUGUGAACGUGCUGCGUCCUUCGGAGUUGUUUUACAAUAAGUUGAAUCCGUUGUUGAAAGAAGCGGGUAUAUCGACGGAGAAUAGGAAAGAGUGGCCGGUGUCGAUCCUGAAGCAGGUGUUGCAAGAGUUGUCGGCGGAGACCCCGCGGGAUUUGCUGUGGAGAGAGUUGUGGUGCAGCAGCGUGACGCCCGAGCAGUGGUGGCAGAUGACACGUCGGUACAGUUACUCCGUGGCCGUGAUGAGUGCGAUCGGGUACAUAAUCGGGCUGGGUGACCGUCACCUGGAUAACGUGCUGGUGGACUUGACCUCCGGUGAGGUGGUGCAUAUAGACUAUAACGUGUGCUUCGAGAAGGGCAAGACGCUGCGUGUGCCGGAGAAGGUGCCGUUCAGGAUGACCCCCAACUUGGUGACGGCGCUCGGAGUUACUGGAGUCGAGUCCUCGUGUUCUGCGUACUCCGCGCCCUCUAUAGUGUGCACGUACACAGCCGGUUUUCUGAGAGCCCCUGCUGUUUCAGGCAGAUACUACUAA